UGGGACAGAUCAGAGCUGCACUCUGAGACUGCUGAUUCCACAGACUGCCGUGCUGUAGGGGAACAUCCGCAAACCCAAUCAGAAGUCCAGCCGAUGGCAGUUUGGUGACGGGCGGCCGGUGGGCGGAGACCAUGAGCAUCACGGCCGCGGGACGGUAGAGGGAGCUUUCGUCUGAGGUGGAGUCUCGCAGGACUCCCGACUCUCGCUCUCUGUUUGAGAAACAAGCACCUUUCUUUUCGAAACACGUUGUCGGGAGGGGAGGCGAGCUCGGCAGCCUGCAACAAUGCUGCAGCAGAUCCUGAAGGACAUGUACAUCGACCCGGACGUCCUGGAGGCGCUGAACGAGGAGCAGAAGAAGACCCUUUUCCUGAAGAUGAGGCAGGAGCAGGUACGGCGCUGGAAGGAGCGUGAGGAGAAGCUAGAGAGGGAGGGAAACGCUGGAACCAAGCCCAAAUCAAAAAAAGCUCACAGUAAGAGUGUCAGCUGGCUCCUUGGACGAGAUGGUGACGUUCAGGUCUGUGUGAUCGGAGAAGUGGAUGAAUUCAGGUCCUCCAAACUCAUCUAUUCUGAAAUGGGGAAGCCAAAGGUCUCCAACCUUCACAACAAUACACGACAUCAAAGCGACAUUCUCAGGAGCAGCCUGGUAAACAGAGGAUCCUCAGAGCCAGAGAAUGUUCCUCCUCAAACACCACCAGGGAUACAGCUGCACUUUGAGGGUGUCCCAGCUGUCUCAGAGUCAGACAAGCAAGCCCCUUCCUCUCAGGAGAGCUCUGCGGACUCGCUGUCAGUUACUCACUCCCUCCCUCUGCAGGUCUUAGAGCCAGAGCCGCUGUCCUCCUCCACCGUGGAAUCAGAGGAAGACAGUGAUUCGGGCGGAGCUGUGGACAGCCUGAGGGAUUCGAGCCUCUACUACCGGCCGCAUCUCAAGUUCAGCAGGGCGCCGUCGAUCGCCGACAGGCUCCGCCCCCUGGACACUCAGCAGCUACGCGCUGACCCAGCAUCCAUCGCAGACAGACUCCGCCCCCCGUACUCCCAGGAGCAGGGCAAAGGUAAAGACUGCCAGCAGGUGUCAACCUCCCAGCUGGCAGGGCCAGCGGGGGCGGGAGCAGUGCCAGCAGGGGCGGGGCCAGAGUAUGCGGGGGCGGGGUCAGAGCCUGCUGGGGCAGGGUGCAACGGGGAGCGGGACCCCUGCAUGGCCCGCGGGCGGGUGGCGGAGCUCAUGAAGACCUUCAACACGCCCAGUCCCAAGGGCCCCAAGGCCGCCCCGUCCCGUCCCAAACCGCCGGUCCCGACCAAACCCGCCCACCUUCAGCUGCUCUCCCCCACCUCCCUCAGAUAAUCUCCUGGCCGAAAGCGAGGGAGGGAGGGACGCUGACCCCCUCGUGAAACCCGACCCCACCCCACCAACUGGCUCCAGACGUCGGCCCGGGUCCAAAACUAGGCUGGGUCCAGCUCUAGCCUCGGCGCAGUUCCAGCCCUGGUUCAAGGCAUGGAGGUGUUUGCAGGCUUCUGUCGUUUUUAAGUUAUGAAAUGUUCUGACUUCACUUGGUUUUUGUUCUAAAACAAAGUGGUAAAUGUCAAAGAUUUUUUAAAUGUUUUUUUUUCUGUGCUUUUUUGGUAUUACUGUAAAUAUUCUCAGAGGGAAAGAAACACCAAAAAGACAUUUUUUGAUAGCCUAAAUGCUGUUACGAAUCAUGUCGGCCGUGUUUUUACAUGGACUUUGUGUAUUCAUGGAAGCUCAGCUCCAAUUUGACACAAAACUAUUUGUUUUCUAUUACCUUAGUCAAGUGCAAUAUUUGCCCUUGUUUUGAGUGUGGAAUCCAAAAUCUUCACUUGUUGGGUGACUUUCAAAGUGGUAGUGGGGAGAGGGAGGGGGGUCUCACCAGUCGGUCAGGUGACAUCGACGGGCCUUCCUGAUUGGACCAUGACGGAAUGCGGACGCUUCUGUGACGACCCGUCUGGGACUGUUGGUUUCUGAGAGUAGGUAGUACCUGUCCCCUCCCAACAGGGGGAACAGCAGAGGAGAGGCAGGCAGGGAGGGAGGGGCAGUGAGACCCUUUGUGAGGCACAGCCGACCUGCCAAAUUUAAGUGAGCUGGCACGCCCCUGACCCCCCGCGGGUGCCGGACUGUGCCGCCCCAGCGGACCCCAGCAGCCUCCCCGGAAUGAGCAGCCCAGGACUUCCAGCUGCACCCCAUCAUUCCUGCGCCUUUAUUAGCCCUUUCUGGGGGGAACGGAGAAAAGAUUUGAGCUUGACCUAAAUUUGAGAUUUACGACAUGGAACCACAGCUAUGCUGGAAGAUAUUCAAGCUUUGUUUCAUAUUAUAAUCUCGAAGCAGCGUUGCCGUGGAGAGCGGCCAUAGCCAGCAGGUUUCCUGACUAGCAGCCCUGAGCCCGGUGACUGACAGACAGCAAGCAGGGCUGGGCAAUGCUGCCCCUGAACGAGGUGCCGGUGGUGCCAGAACAGAGGCUCUCUUCCCUCCAGCAAAACCAAAACAAUUCCCCGGGAUGGUGAGAUGGACUGUUAAACCAAGACUCUGACUACCUGUGGUUACAAGGUCCUGCAGCACCCUUCGCAAAGAUCAGCUUGAAGUAACCAAGGUAGCGUCACCAAACGCCAAAACCAUCUCUGCAGGUCACCAGCUAAACCAAAUAGCUUUAAUUGUCACAGAUUAUGCUUGCUGGGCUUUGCGGCGUAAAAUGGCCGCCGUGCCUCAGGUGGGACAGCUCGGAUAGCCAGCGGUGGCUGAAGUGAGAUUUCCUCCUCUCUGCGAAGAGCUUUAGGCUAGGAUAGAAGUGACAGCAAAUCAGAAUAUGAAAGUGAGAAAGAGGGCACCUCCUGCUGGCAUGUUACCAACCUCAAGGGGAGAAGGCAGGGCUUGCAGAACACAUCCGCUGCGUUUUCUCCACGUCUCCACAACGUGCCAAAGUCUUCCUCUUCCUGUUACUUGAUCACAGCGUGCCAACACUUCCUCUCACGUGACUGCAGCGUGCCAACUCGUUCAUUUCCGGGUCAGACAGGAUCAGCUGGGUCAUCAACGUCAAAUAUCUGCUUCUGAGGGAAUAGUUACACUGCAUGUGUCAUAUUUUAAUAGACAUGUUUGAUUGAGUAAUUAUUUUUGUUUUCAUGGUUGUAGAAUUGAAAAGGAUGUAGGCUUGAUAAUCACUGUUCUGGUUGUUUGUCCAAUAAUGCGUGUGGCAAUGCAACCUAUGACCUCUGACCCCCGUGUCACUGAUGCAGUUCAGAGGCAUGGCAAUACAAUAAAACAGCUGAUCCU